GGGAAGUGAAAACCGCAUGGUGUGGGUUGUGAAUGGUGAAGAAUGUUGCACAGUUUUCUUGUAGUUAAAGUUAAAUGUAUUCGUUUUUUCCAGCACACGAUACCAGUAUUUAAUUAUCAUUCGUGUACACCGAGACAGAUGUGGAAAUGUUGGCCAAAGCACUUCUUUAAGGGAGUGUGGAUAUAGUAAACGGAUUUCGCCUUGCGUCUAAUGUUAUUCUCUUCGGGUGAAAACUCGCAAUGUUUCGGUACGUUUAAUUGAUGAAUGUGUAUCGAGCAGGGAUGGACUUAUCAUCAUCAUCAUCAUCAUCAUCAUCAUCAUCAUCAUCAUCUAGUAUGGAAAUUAACGAGGGUUUGCAUGCAAGAGGCGAAAGUGGUCCUCAGCCGACAGAAGAUGGUUUGAUUGACAUUAGUUUGUGCGGAUCCACGCCUCUGUUGUGGAGGGUGUCCGAUGUGAAAAGGUCCAGAGAUGCGGGUGUGAUCGGGUCUCUGGUGGGUUCUCUGGCCCGUCAGCCCCGGCAGAAUGUGCGGCUGGGCAGACCGCUGGAGCUCAUGCAGGAGGAGGCGCUGGUGCUGAUAGAGGAGACGCACACUGCUGCAGCAUCACGGCAUACACAGGAGAGUGGAGAUGAGGAGAUUCAUUCAGAGGCUGUGAGACAGUAUGAGGCAGGUCUGGAGAGCAGUUAUAAGGAGCAGUGCGCUCUGGCCCUGGAGGACAAGAAGACUGUGCUCAGGAGAGUAUUGAAUGAGAAAGAGAAUGGCACUGAUGACUCAGGCAAUGCAAUUAGAGACCGACUUAAUGCACUGGACCAAGCUUUCCAUUUCCCAUUGUCGGCUAUCACGGUCCAGCUCUGUACUGCCCGGACGGGCUUCAGCUACUGUCCCGAGGAGCGAACUGUUGUCUCCACUGACUGGCCAAUGCCUCGAGAUGAACGCUUGAAAACAAGAUUCUGUGUGUACAGGGAUCUGAGAAAUAAAGGCUACUAUCUGACCUCUGCAGGGAAGUUUGGAGGAGACUUCCUGGUGUACCCAGGUGAUCCACUGCGCUUCCAUGCUCAUUUCAUUGUGUUGUGCAUCUCCAUGGAUGAACAGAUACCGCUGUGUGACAUUCUGGCUAUAGCUCGUCUGGGCUCUAAUGUGAAGAAAACGGUAUUGCUUUGCUCUCCACAGAACCCCAAUGAGUCUGGACAGGAUGAGGGCGUGGAGGGGGGUGUGGUGUAUUCAUCGCUACAGUGGAGCUCUAUGGUUUAACUAAUCAACUACAACUUGUUUGAUCCAUUCAGAUUGUUGAGAGAUGAUGUGGUGCUCUGCGAGCAACUCAAAGCCUCAGCUGUGCCUUUUUAAUGUGUAGUGAGUGGUUUAAAAAUGUUUAAUGACUGACAGGACUAAAGUGUCUUGGUAGAUGAGCAGCUAUGCAGAAGGAUGCCCCGAUAUCAUUGAAUAAAAGUAUUUUGAGUGUC